CACGUUUUCCUGACCGCCAAUAUAACGACAUAUUUUGCAGGCAAAUGCACUGCUAAACAUACAGGUCCCAGCCCAAGGUCCAAGGUCAGGAAGAAGAAAAAAAAAAAGGUCAUCGGUCAUCGGUCAUCAACAUGAAGGCCGUUGCUAUGAAGGUAGCGAGGAAAGGCGAUGACAAACCAAACAGCUUUUCGAGUUGGCUGUUCAAUAAUCAGACCGCCGUAUCUUUCACACUAAUCACAUCUCUCUUCCUCUCGCAUAGUUCUGUGCCUAGGGUAAGACCGUUCACGUCUCAGUUCUUUACUCUAUCUUACUAUAACCCCGCCACCGGAAAAUACGCCUCCGGCCAUGGAGACCUCUAUUUUCUUACUUUUUGCGUCGUGCUCUUCACCGGAAUCCGCGCGGCUCUGAUGCAACACGUUCUCGCCCCUCUGGCCAAGCACUGGGGGGUCACCAAGAAGAAGGACGCCACUCGAUUCGCCGAGCAGGGAUGGAUGUUGAUGUACAACACCAUAUUCUGGUCCUUGGGCAUGUAUAUCUACUGCAAUUCGUCAUAUCUCCUCGACAUGACGGAAUUGUGGACGAAUUGGCCCCAGAGGGAGCUUCCAGGGCUCGUAAAGGGGUAUAUACUUGCCCAGUGGUCUUACUGGAUGCAACAGCUUCUUGUUGUGAACAUCGAAGCUCGCAGAAAGGAUUACUGGCAGAUGAUAGUCCAUCAUUUCGCCACCAUCGCCUUGAUUGCUUCGGCUUACGCCUAUCAUCAUUACCAAGUCGCUAACUUGAUCCUAGUUCUUAUGGACGUGAUCGAGUUAAUUUUCCCUCUUGCUAAAUGCCUUAAGAGCCUUGGCUAUACUACCAUUUGCGAUGUUAUCUUUGGAGUGUUUGCCGUUACGUGGCUUCUUACACGCCAUGUGGUUUACUUGAGGGCUUGCUGGAGUGUCUACUUCGAUAUGCCCAAAGUAAUGCCAACAGGCUGUUACCGGGGCACCACGGGCGAUCUCGAAGGUCCGUUUCCGGUACCGGAUGACUGGGCGCAUCUACUGGAACCAUUUUACAACCCCGAGGGUACCGUCUGCAUGAAUGAUAACAUAAGACUUGGCUUCCUAUCAUUCCUCCUCCUGUUGCAGGUUGUGAUGAUGGUAUGGUUUGCAUUUAUCAUUCAAGUUAUCGUUCGCGUUCUCAGGGGAGCCAGCGCCGAGGAUGUGAGGAGCGACGAAGAAGGCGAUGAGGAGGAAGAAGAAGAAGAAGAAACCGGAUAUGAUGGGCCGCAAGUUCUCGAAGAGGAAGUCGGCGUCGAGUCUAUCAACUUUGAAGUGUGGAAGCGCCGUGCCGGAGUCAAGGAAGUUUCACAUUCGAGCGGUCUGAGUUUGCCUGGGCAUAGCGAUCGGAAGGAGUUAUUAAAUCGGGUUGGAUGCGAAAAACAAAUCGACUAAGCCACGUUUUAGGUGGUAUUAUCCCUGGGUUACCGGAAUCUAUGGCUUAUCAGUCAUUCCGCCUGUACCGAAGCCAUAAUGUUUGGCGAGGCUCGAUUUUAUUCACGGAUAUCACAUUUGUACAUGGAGACUGGUAGGGCGAACGGAGUGGACGCGGUUGCAUUAGGGUACACUGGUUAAUGAGAGCCUGUAAGGUACCUAGUUGUGAUGCGAAAGUCUCAAGCCAUUCUCGCUCUACGUAGCCUCAACUUCUUCGACUCCGUGUCCGACGAGCUUUGGCGUCUCUGAUUUCUAGUGACGUACUUGCUAGGGUUCUGUGUAGAUCUUACCGGGUGAACCAUUGACAACUUGAGACAAUAUAGGAACUAUGAUAUGGAGGUCCAUAGAAGCGCAUCACCGCCUAUUUCAUC